GCGUAUCGAUUUUUGUUGAGUGAAGUCAGUGAAGUGAUCGUAGUGUUCGUGUCCUUUAAUUCCUUUAUUUUAGUGACGUUUUUAGAAAAAUAUCUGUGAAUGGGAUUGUGUAACAAGAUAAAACGUUUAUUUGGUGUGUGAUUUUCCAUUAAGGAUGACGAAGGACAGGUUAGCGGCGCUUCAAGCGGCGCAAAGCGACGAUGACGACGUCGGCCCCGACGACGUCAACGUCGCGGUUGAAGAGAGCCCCAUGACCGAAUUCUUCGGUGAGACUGAAAAUCCUGACCGUCAGAAUUUAUUUUCUUCAUUUAUGCAUUGGAUGUAUCAACGUGGCAAGAGAGAUACUCGUAGCAUUGCCGAGUUCUCAAAUUUUGUAACCAAUGUGGAAGAGAUACGGGAGAUGAUAGACAAGAUUCAAGCAAACGUGGAGGAGGUGAAGAAGAAGCACAGCGCCAUCCUAUCAGCACCGCAAUCAGAUGAAAAAACAAAGAACGAAUUAGAAGAUCUCAUGGCUGAUAUUAAGAAAACUGCCAACAAAGUCAGAGGAAAGUUAAAACACAUAGAGCAGAACAUCGAACAGGAGGAGCACUCUAACAAAUCAUCGGCGGAUCUCAGGAUAAGAAAGACACAGCACUCGACCCUGUCUCGCAAAUUCGUCGAAGUGAUGACCGAGUACAACCGCACGCAGACGGACUACCGGGACCGGUGCAAAAACCGGAUACUGCGGCAGCUGGAGAUCACUGGCCGGAACACCACGGACGAGGAGCUGGAAACUAUGCUGGAGCAGGACAACCCCGCGGUCUUCACGCAAGGGAUAAUAAUGGAGACGCAGCAGGCCAAGCAGACGCUGGCCGACAUCGAGGCGCGGCACGCCGACAUCAUCAAGCUGGAGACGUCCAUCCGCGAGCUGCACGACAUGUUCAUGGACAUGGCGAUGCUUGUCGAGAGCCAGGGAGAGAUGAUCGACCGCAUUGAGUAUCAUGUAGAGCACGCUGUGGACUAUGUCCAAACUGCUACCCAAGACACAAAGAAGGCCCUAAAAUAUCAGAGCAAAGCUCGACGGAAGAAGAUAAUGAUUCUGCUGUGUCUGCUCGUGCUCGCCCUACUCGCGACCGGCUACGUGUAUAAAACCUUCUUCCUUUAAACGGUCGAACGGGGCCCGGGGGCAGGAUCGCCAUGCAAAGGAUCAUCGUCGCGUGUGCCGGCGCCUGCGACCCGCCCGCCUGUCGCUGCUUCGCGGCGCUCGUCAGUAACCAUCGUAACGUUUCAUUUGUUGCCACUAGUAACGUUCAAAUGUAUUCUUAUCUAUAAACACAUGUUAGUAAUCAGCAAAUCAUUGUGGCUUCUAACACUUGCGACAAUGCUACGCGAUGCGAGUUUUGGCUCUAAUGUCAAACCAGCCAUAUUUAUUUACAUCCCCAGUUGCCCAAACGUUUAUAAUGCGAAUGUUUCAUACGCAAAAUUAUAAGGUUGAAGCACGGAACAUAAUUAAGCAUUUUAUUGGAACGUUUGUGUAAUGGGGCAAUAGUUAUAUGUAUAAUUAACAGUUAAUCCACAAGUUGCAUACAUUCUUUACAUGUAAAAUUUAUAUAGGUACUCAAAAUAGGAUUUGACUGGACAUGUUAAGAUUUAAGAAACGUCACACAGUGAUUUCUGUAUCCAUUGCUGUGAUUGUCAGAGGCUAUUUUGUGUGCAUACUGAAUCGUUCAUAAAAUGCAUAAAUUAGAAAGUAUUACUCCACUUGAAUAUAGUUAUAACGUAUACUUAUAGUUCAUAACAUUAUCAGAAAAGGAAAUAUUUAGGCAGUCUAUUUUUGAAUGUCCACUGCAGGCUUCAUGUUAAAGAAUUAUAAAAGUAAACACCAUUCUGUGGAAUAAGUUUAAAACGUUGGCUGACUUGAAGCUUAAAAGCUUCAGUUACGAUGUUCGUAAACUUGCCAUGAAGAUAGUUAUGAUUUAAUAUCGUAAUCGUAUCUAAGAUAAUAGUAAUCAGAUAUUUCUACAAACAUAAAAUCAAAAGAAUGGCAGUAUAACAAGCGGCGAUGCCAAUCGAAAAAUGUAAUCAGUAUUUUUAACCGAAGAUUUGUAAUAACCACAAAACGGACGAUGUUCAAGCAUUAGGUGUAGAUAUUGAUACUUCGCCAAAUAAGGCUCGAUUAGGCCGAGGGCCGAAUAUUGUAGGAGGAAAUCGUGUCGUCAGGAGGAGGAUGUUAGUGGUGGUGUCGAUCGCGCAAGUGGCCUAGUCCAGCUUGGUUGCUUGGAGAGGAGGGUAGGCCACGGCGCACAGUACAAACAGAGGUGGUGCGGCCGCGCCGGUCCGCUGGCACAGCCCGGUCGCUGGCGGAGCCCGGCGCCGCCGCGCCUCAUCAGAGCAUAUCGCGCCGGCGUGCCGUCGCCGUAGCAAUAAUGAUAUUCGAUUACAAUUGUAAAAUUGUUUUUAACUUUCGAAUGUGUGAUAGUAGAUGCAGUUGUUGUUUAGUUAACUUUAACAUUAUAAAUUAUAAUUAAUGAAUUGUUAUUGUGGAUGUAACUUUUAAUAAACCGUAAGAGUAAGUAAACUUCAUAAAUAGACACUCGUUUAAAUUGUCUCGACGCUUUCAAAUCAGAAUCGUAGUUGAAAAUUAAAUUUGGUUUCUUUCUUACUCUUAAGACCCCUUCAUUGUACAGUAAUCCAUAAUGUAUCUACGUAGCUGGUGUAGCUAGGAUAUACAUUUUAAUAAAUUCGAAGUACCAGUCUUCAGCGAUGCAAGUAGGUACUUAUAGGUAUUGAAACAGUAUUUUGUGUUCGUAACGUUACUUAUAUUUUCCUAGAAAAGAAAACACUCGAAAAUAUUAAGCACCAACACGUAUUAGCAUUCUCCUAAGAAAAUAAGUGUAAUGUUAAAGAAACCUGAUGGUUACAAAAAAUGUGAGAGUGAAGGUGACCACUGAGCAGUGCUUGAUCGUCGCGGUUGACAGAGAGCGUCUAACGGCCCUAAGUCCGCCGCCGGCGGCGCCAAGCCCUCUAGCUCGACGACCAAGCAAAAUUCUUGAAGUGCAGUUGCGUAUGGAACAACGUAAAGCAAUGUUAAUUUAUAACUAGUUAACAUAAUUAGAUUUUUAUCCUUAAGAGUAGGAUUUCAUCUAGUUGCCUUCGUAACCGUAGAGAAAUUAGGUAAUUCCUUUUCUCUCAGUAGUUUCAUUAUAAAGUGAGGUCAGUCGCAUGUUUCCACUCGCCAGUCAAUUGUCCCGCUUGUCUUCCCCGCGAGCCGGCUCCGACACGGCCCCCGACCUUACAUCGCGCUGACACUAGCUAGAUGCAUCUCAACUCAUCGUAUCUUAGGCUAAGUAUAUUAUAUUAUUGGCCUCGUCGGGCCCCCUCGCCGAGGCCGCGUACCUGACACCAAAGUAAAGUUAAUGGUAGUGACUAGCGGUGCGCUAGCCCUGAGCCCUGAGCCCGGAGCUGAGCCUCGAGCCCGCCGAACACAUCGCACAAGUCACGCGGAGACGCUCCCGCCGCGGGACGAGGGGCUUUGCGGCGCAAGCGGCAAACCUCUUCGCUCCCGAGUAGUGUUUUGUAAAAUAAAAUGUUAGAGUAGGCAUAACCAAACUUCUAGUCGGCUUUCAAUGAUCUUAAUAAUCUGAUAAUAUUAAUCGUAAUAUUGCAGUUGUAUUCUUCGGUUACUAGUGUACAUAAUGUGGCGUUCUCGUGUUCAAUCAGCCGCGCGCCUCGCGGAACCGCACCGUCCGAUUGUCGCACGACUAUCGCGCGUUUAUUGCUCGGUUCGGACGCUUGUGAGGCACGGCGGCGAGCGUUCUAACAAAAUCUCAAUCUUAUCGUAAAGCAUAGAUAUUUUCAUAAUCAAUAGUAUGCAUUGUUGAUUGGAUUGCUAAUUUUGUAUAAGUACACAAUUAGUAUAGUUUAUAUACUUAUGUGUCAAUUCAUAUAGCAUUUUAUUACAUUAACAGACGAUAGCUAGUAAGUGUUAAAGGUAAUCCAGACGUAAUUACAGUACUAUGUUUAUUAGGCUUCUUUGGAGUUUUUGUUCCAAUGUGACGUUUUGGGAGCGUUUCUGUUGCGUUUGUUAUAGAGGCGGGAACGCGCCGGCCGCCCGCGCGGGUCCCGCCCGCGACAGAGGCGCUCCACAGUUUAUUAAAUGUACCUACUACAGUACUACAUAUUUAUGGGAAACAAUGUACACGUCUGUAGCGAUCGUAAACAGGAUUUAACCUACAAACCAGUCCUCUAAACAUAUUUGUAUUUUAUCUUCUCCAUAAUUGUAUAAAAGGAAUUUAAAGAGCAACGAAGAUGAUGAAUAAUAUUAGGUAUCCUGAUGCAUUUCCAAAAGGUUACUCUAGUAUGAUAUUUAUUAUUUAUCUACUCCUCAUAGAAAUAUGACUAUUUUAAUACGAGGUCAACAAAUUUAUCGCGGCUCUUGUUAUGCUCCGAGAAGCUUGAUUCCUUGUCAAGUUUUAAGACUAAGUAAAUCAACCCCAUUCAUACUCUUUUUCUUUAUAAUUAAAAGUCCAUAUAGAAAAAUGGCGCCCAUUUCGCGCGCUUUUUAUUAGGUACCUUAUACUACCCCUUUUACGAACUGAAAGAGGUUUCAAAUGUUCAAUAAUGUUACCAAAUCGAAUUUUUCGGAGUUUUUGCAACUCAGCCAGGAAAGUCUAGAAAUCAUUCAAAUUAUAGGGCCGCUAUUUAUUGACUAGUCUAGCUACAAACAAUUCACUAACUACCAUCAGUUUUGGCCUGAAGGUCCCUUUUAUUAAGUACAUAAGUUAUACACCCGCUCAACUGCAUAAACAUCCUUUUGCGAUAAUACCACAUUAAGGCACAUCUCAGGCACAUCGCUUGAACGUGACUUAAUGUGACAUUUUCAAUACCUAAUGAAAUGAGUUUAUGCAAUUGGGCCAUAAUAUCGCGUUGUAGGUAGGUACCUAUUCGACAUUCACCUGCAAGUGUUCUAAACGACGCUAUAGUCUAGAUUCCAAUUUCAUUUCAUUAUUAUACGCUGCUCUAAACACAAAUUAAAAAAAUCACUCAUUGGCAGUGUUAGAAGUUUUACCCAGUAUUAUAAAAGCAAUGUUAUAUCCACUUACAGUGCGGUUAAGGUGCUCUUCUAUUAGGCAGCGACUUUUAUAUUACUUAGUAGGACAUGCAAAUUUAUGGUACCAACUUUAGUAUAAAUCGCAUUUGACAAAAAAUAAUUAAUUGUCGUGUGCAAAGGUGUCCACGAUAAAGAUAAAGAACCCGCUGAAGGAUAAUUGAAAAAAAAAAUAUCGUUUACCUUACAAAAAUCAUAACAUAAUGCAACUUACCCAUUACUCCCGUUGCAACACUAGGCGCAUAUACAUAUUUUGAUACAAUACCCUAGAUUGAUUUGAACCCUGGUCCUAACUCAGUUGUAUAAAAGUCUGUGUUUAGCUGUAGUGCAUAUUCACAGUCUGCUCCGCUUUUGGCGCGAGCUAUUCGGUUAGGGAUGGGUACGAAAUAUAGCCAGUUUGCCUGCUGGGCAAAUAACCGGUAAGAAAGUUAAUGCCCAGUGGGUAGAGUGUGUGUGACGGCCUGCCUCUACCCCGACUGCUACGACUCCCGCAGUCCUUCAAGAGUUAACGUAGAGUCGCUAGACUUCAAUUCGUAGGUAAAUGUUUAUAAAACUUUCAACGUUCUCUCGAUUUGUGCUUUAUUUCCGACUAUUUGAUGUUGCUUCGCGUUAAAUGAUGUGAGACAUUAAAAAUAUAUUAGAGUUUAUAUUUAUUUUAAAACAUGUUAUUUUUUAUACUUAGUUUAAUCAAAAAUGUUGAAAUAGCAUAGUUCCGUUUUACGGAAGUUUCUUGUACUUAUAUAAGUAUUUCAAAAUUUAUAUCAAAAUUGUAUUCCUCUUAAUGAUAAAAAAUCGUCUUGUAAUCUUGUAAAGGAACACUAAACCUCCUGAAAUUGUAACAGUUAUAAAGUAUUGUAUUAUGAAAUUAACAGUGAGAUUCUGGACACAUGUAAAAUUCAAGUUAGAUUGGUUUUUAUAGUCAUAUUCUGUACGUAGGUUAUCAAUCUGAAGUUCUCUCAUAAUUAUAAAAUAAACGGUGUUUUCUGCUGUAA